GAGGGAGUGAGCUGGACGGAAGAUCAUGGUGCGCCGCUGAAUUAGGCCCGAGUGGCAACUUGUAAAAACUUCCAGCGCAUAAAGAGCAGAGUGUGAGGCCGGGAGCGCAGCAGACAGCUGGCAGACGGACUGACUGCAUCUCCACUGCUGAUGCCUGUCCUGAGCCGAGAGGUGCGGAUGCGAUCUGUUUGGGUCCUCCGUCUGGAGUGAAGCCUCUCUGAUCUGUAAAACCAGAGGAAGGACCUCCCUAACGAUGGACAAACCAGACAGGUGUGCCUGUAAUGCUCAGGGGUGAGGAGGAGAGCAGCUGAGGAGGAAGAGAUGGGCUGCACCUCUGCCAAGCAGGUGUCUGCCGUGCCCAACGGUGAGGAGGGCCAGAAUAAAGCCUACAGCAACGGGGACCUCCUCUCCGAUGAGUACAAGAUGAAAGGAGUGGAGAAAGUCAAGUACAUCAGUGGAGACGAGGGAGGAGUGGACGGCCAGGACAGCACAGAGAAAAGUGCUCUCCUCGGUAAAAUUCAACACAUGGAGGAAACAGGGUCAAACGGAAAUGGAAAAAUUCUGAGCAUCCACUCCUCAGAGAGUCAGCAAGAAUUCUUCAGGAUGUUGGAUGAGAAAAUUGAGAAAGGCCGGGACUACUGCUCAGAGGACGACGAUAUGACAUAGCACUGUGGUCGUGUAUCCAUCAGUCCCAAUAUGAAAGAACUGUGACUCCAGUGUUACGGAUGGACCGUACCAUGUGUUUCCAUGUCUGGGGGUGUGUGGGACUCUCCCUUGUAUGUACAUGCUUGAGAAAAUUGGACCACUGACUUGAAUCAUGCACCUUUGCCCUUCUGCUCACAACCUUAGUUCCCACUCAUAUAUCAAGAGAGAAAUGACCAGCAGAAUCAAAGAUGGUUCAGUAUUUAUAGGUUUUCAAAGUUCUCAAAGGGAGAUUUAGGUUCACCUCCUGGAUGGCAGAGGACUUGGGAUUUUCAUUUGCUUUUCUGUACUUGCUUGGAGAAGUCAUACAUGGCUAUCACUGAGACCUUUGUGGAGACCUAUAAAACCAUUGGACUGUUGCAUAAUAUAACUUGCCAAGAGCAGAGGUAGGAAAUGCUCAUGUGGGCACUGACUCAAAGUAAAAAUAACGUCUCUUAUCUGCAUCAUUUUGAAUAUUUCAUCCUUGAAUGCCUCCCUGAAAAGACAAAGGGUUGGAAACUUCCUGCAUUCCAAGACACAGUAUGAACCUCUUUUCUACAGUACGUCGGCCAGUACAUUGUGUUUGUCUGUCCAUGUCUGUUUCUGCUAUGAUGUAGAGUAUUUAUGUUGAAUAAGGCUCAGGGUUGAAGUGUUGUAAUCUUUGUCUCAUGUAGUCAAGUCCUUCCUCCCAUUAAGACACUGUUGCACCAUUAAAAAGACACUCAUGCACUCACAUAGCAGGGUUACUGAUGUCCCCUGCUUCAGCAACUUUUCGUUCAUGUAUCUGACACUGCAAAAUCACAUAUGUAUUUCACUCACCAGUGUUAUGUUGUUGUGUUAAGUUUAUAUGUUGAUUUUUUUUUUUUUGUUCGUUUGUUUUUCUAGAAAAAUAAAAAGUGUUUUUCGGUAACUUAUCCACACAGCUGAUGUUGUGUUACGUUAAAGAAAACUGACACUACCAGUAGAAGUGCAGCCGACAGAACCUCACAUCAUUUUGUCAAUAAUAUACCCAUUACAGCUCAGCCAACAUCGGCGUUAUUAAUAUUAAUACCCCAUUAUUGCAUUAACGAAUGAUAGUAAAUAUGUCUUGCAUCACCAUAAUGCGCUGGAGCUCAUGAAAAUGCUUAAACUGGGUGAUAAGAUUGAAAACAUAAAAGGACCGGCGUGUAAGAUUUAUGGCACUCUAUUUACAGAAUAAAAUAUGCUAAACAAUGUUUUCAUUUGUGGCGGAGUCCGCCAUGUUGAACCACUAUGUUUCCACAGUAGCCCAGUAACAGACAAACAAAACUAAACACUGGCUCUGGAUAAGGCCUUCUGCAUUUUUCCGCUUGUUUUGCAGCCACUGUCACAUCUGUUUCAUGCUAGGAAGUGGAGAUGUGAGGCAGCAGGGCUGUAAUCAGCAGCUAAACAGCAAUGUCACUAAAUCAUCACACACUGGUCCUUUAAAAUCUUUGCAAACAUAUUAAUUCAUCAAAAGUACCUUGCUGCCACUUC